AUCCGUUACCGCCUCCUUUUCUGCCAGACUCCUGAAGCCACCUCACUUUCUGCAAUCGCGGUCAAUAUCUACAGCAACCACGAGACUUUGAUCUUCUCGCUGUCUUCUUGUUGUUCUGUACAACUUCUUCUCCCCCCGUCGCUCCAUUGUUGUCGGCGUCUGCAUAUUUCUGUGCCUUUUGCGGUCUUCUAUCCAUCCUCUUCAGCUUCAUCUAAUACCCCCACCAUGGCCGACGUUAACGUUGAUGUCCUCGUUAUUGGCAUGGGACCUACUGGUCUCGGUGCUGCCAAGCGUCUCAACCACAUUAACGGUCCUUCAUGGCUGAUUGUCGAUUCCUCUGACAAGGCUGGUGGUCUUGCUGGCACUGACACCACCCCCGAGGGUUUCCUGUACGACGUCGGUGGCCACGUUAUCUUCUCCCACUACAAGUACUUCGACGACUGCAUCGACGAGGCCCUCCCCAAGGACGAUGACUGGUACACUCACCAGCGAAUCUCCUACGUUCGCUACAAGGGCCUUUGGGUUCCUUACCCCUUCCAGAACAACAUUUCCAUGCUUCCCAAGGAGGACCAGGUCAGCUGUAUCGAGGGCAUCAUCGAUUCUGCUCUUGAGUGCCGUGUCGCCAACACCAAGCCCAAGGACUUCGAUGAGUGGAUUGUCCGUAUGAUGGGUGAGGGUAUUGCCAACAUUUUCAUGCGACCUUACAACUACAAGGUCUGGGCCGUCCCUACCACCAAGAUGCAAUGCCAGUGGCUCGGUGAGCGUGUCGCUGCCCCCGAUGCUAAGCUCGUUACCAAGAACGUUAUCCUUAACAAGGUCGCUGGUAACUGGGGCCCCAACGCUACUUUCCGAUUCCCCGCCCGUGAUGGUACCGGUGGUAUCUGGAUUGCCGUCGCUGAGACCAUUCCCAAGGAGAAGAAGCGAUUCGGCAAGCAGGGUGAGGUCACCAAGAUUGACGCCGAGAAGAAGAUUGCCUACUUCGCCGAUGGCAGCACCAUCGGUUAUAACAAGCUCAUCAACACCAUGGCCGUCGACCACCUCGCCGAGAAGCUCGGCAACCAGGAGCUUGUCAGCCUCACCAAGCAGCUUUACUACUCCACUACCCACGUCAUUGGUGUCGGUAUCCGAGGUGAGCGCCCUGAGCGCAUCGGUGACAAGUGCUGGUUGUAUUUCCCCGAGGAUAACUGUCCCUUCUACCGUGCCACUAUCUUCUCCAACUACUCCCCCUACAACCAGCCUCAGAAAGAUGCCAAGCUCCCCACCCUUUACCUCGCCAAUGGUGAGAAACCUGCGUCUUCCGAGGCCAAGGAGGGACCUUACUGGUCUAUCAUGCUGGAGGUUUCCCAGUCUACCAUGAAGCCUGUCGAUGUCGAGAACCUCCUCAAGGAUAGCAUCCAGGGUCUCAUCAACACCGAGAUGAUCAAGCCUGAGGACGAGAUUGUCUCUACUUACCACCGUGCUUUCGACCAUGGUUACCCCACCCCCACCCUUGAGCGCGAGGGCGUCCUCAAGCAGGUUCUCCCCAAGCUCGAGGCUAUGGACAUUCUCUCCCGUGGUCGAUUCGGCAGCUGGCGAUACGAGGUCGGUAACCAGGACCACUCCUUCAUGCUUGGUGUUGAGGCCGUCGAUGCCAUUCACAGCGGUGCCGUCGAGCUGACCCUCAACUACCCUGACUUCGUCAACUCCCGCCAGAACACUGAGCGACGCCUCACUCAGAACUUCAUUGUGGCUCCUCCUCAGACCAACGGCACCAAGGAUAUUCCAAGCCACUCCAAGGCCCAGUAAAUUCACAGCCAAUGGAAUGGAGUUGGAAAUGGAGUUGAAGGUAUAGCGUGAGCAAUUUAUGAUUGGGCACGUUGUUUGAUAUCUCAAGAGACAUGUGUACAAGAAAACUUUGUGGAGAGCGAGUUAGCGCCUCGAGAAACGAUGAGUCCGAAUUUAGGAUUGAUGACGAGACAUAGGCCGCUGCUGGUGAAGAUUCCCAGUUAGCUAGACGGAUGGAUAUAGGAUUCCGCUUGACAAGGCGGGGCAUGAUAUAGAUAGAUCUGGGAUUUUUGCUCUAGGGUUAGACAAAUGAACGGAUUAUCCUAUACAGAUACAUAAUAGUAUACAACAUACAAUAGAACUUAGAGCAUGUUCAUGUUUCCA